GAGGGGCGUCGCCUGCGCGCGCAGCGGAGGAUAGUGCGCCGGCGCGGCACGCCGUGUUCGCGAGCACCGAGGCGGGGUGCGGCGGGGCGGGACCGUGCCGCGGCCCCGGCAGUUAGGGCCCGGGGGCGGAGAGGAUGGAGCCCCCGAGGCGUUAGCCGACUCUGUCAGCUCUGACCGUGCAGCUGUUUCCUGGCGCGGCCCGUGUGAUGGUGCCGGGAGGAAGGAAGCGCCGAGACAGCGCCUCGGUCGGAGCCCGGGUUCCGGGGGUGAGGAGGCCCGGGAACGGCGGAGCUGGCGAGCUGGCCGCUGGCUGGGCGAGCGGUCACAAUAGGAGGCGGCGGCCCAGCAAGGAGCCGCGGGAGCAGCCCCGCAGGGCGGAGCCUCCCCUCGCAGAUAUCUCCCGGGUCCAAUUCAGCACCUCUACCUGGCCAUCCUAACAAGGUGAUUUGUGAAAGGGUGAGACUUCAGAGCCUGUUCCCUCUCCUCCCAAGUGAUCAGAAUACUACCGUUCAAGAGGAUGCUCACUUCAAAGCUUUCUUCCAGAGUGAAGAUAGUCCGAGUCCCAAGAGACAGCGCCUCUCUCAUUCAGUCUUUGAUUAUACAUCAGCAUCACCAGCUCCCUCACCACCAAUGCGACCAUGGGAGAUGACAUCAAAUAGGCAGCCCCCUUCAGUUCGAUCAAGCCAACAUCACUUCUCAGGGGAACGAUGCAACACACCUGCACGCAACAGAAGAAGUCCUCCUGUCAGGCGCCAGAGAGGAAGAAGGGAUCGUCUGUCUCGACAUAAUUCCAUUAGUCAAGAUGAAAACUAUCACCAUCUCCCUUACGCACAGCAGCAAGCAAUAGAGGAACCUCGAGCCUUCCACCCUCCGAAUGUAUCUCCCCGUCUGUUACACCCUGCUGCUCAUCCACCCCAGCAAAAUGCAGUAAUGGUUGACAUACAUGAUCAGCUCCAUCAGGGCACUGUCCCUGUUUCUUACACAGUAACAACAGUGGCACCACAUGGGAUCCCACUCUGCACAGGCCAGCACAUCCCUGCUUGCAGUACACAACAGGUCCCAGGAUGCUCUGUGGUUUUCAGUGGACAGCACCUCCCUGUCUGUAGUGUGCCUCCUCCAAUGCUUCAAGCAUGUUCAGUUCAGCACUUACCAGUACCAUAUGCUGCGUUCCCACCCCUUAUUUCUAGUGACCCAUUUCUUUUACAUCCUCCUCACCUUUCUCCCCAUCAUCCUCCUCAUUUGCCACCACCAGGCCAGUUUGUCCCUUUCCAAACACAGCAAUCACGAUCGCCUCUGCAAAGGAUAGAAAAUGAAGUGGAACUCUUAGGAGAGCAUCUUCCAGUAGGAGGUUUUACUUACCCUCCAUCAGCCCAUCCCCCAACAUUACCUCCAUCAGCUCCUUUGCAGUUCUUAACCCAUGAUCCUUUGCAUCAGGAGGUGUCCUUCGGAGUACCUUAUCCUCCAUUUAUGCCUCGGAGGCUCACAGGACGUAGUAGAUAUCGAUCCCAGCAGCCAAUACCACCUCCCCCUUAUCAUCCCAGCUUACUACCAUAUGUAUUAUCAAUGCUCCCAGUGCCACCUGCAGUGGGCCCAACUUUCAGCUUUGAAUUGGACGUGGAAGAUGGAGAAGUAGAAAAUUAUGAGGCCCUGUUAAACCUGGCAGAGCGACUGGGAGAGGCUAAGCCUCGAGGACUGACUAAAGCAGAUAUCGAACAGCUUCCUUCUUAUCGGUUCAAUCCUAACAACCACCAGUCAGAACAGACUUUGUGUGUAGUAUGCAUGUGUGAUUUUGAGUCAAGGCAGCUACUUAGAGUUUUACCCUGUAACCACGAGUUCCAUGCCAAGUGUGUCGACAAAUGGCUUAAGGCAAAUCGUACUUGCCCAAUCUGCCGAGCUGAUGCUUCAGAAGUGCAUCGGGAUUCAGAAUGACCAACCUAAGAGCACAAAUUUAGUUUGGGUGUUCCUCAUCACAUGUAUAUACGAACUAUCCAUUGAACUUAAUCUGUGUGGCUUCCAGCCCUCCCUUUACCAAAAGGGUCAAUGGACCUUUCUUUGCACUGUGUGACUUAAUCAACUAUAAAAGCUUACAAUUAGUCUUCACAAUUAUGGGAUUGUUAUACUAACCGUGUGAUUGGAACUCCAAAGACUUUUUCUUUAGCUUAAUUUUGUGUGUGCACUAACAUUCCCUGGUUUUUGUGUGAUCAUUCCGAGUGUUGCUGCAAGAUUACAGUGGACGUGAUCUUUUAGCAUGUGCUUUUAUAAAAAGUGGUAGCUCCAGAUGAUAUAGCAAUCUACCUUAUAUAGAGCCUUCAGAAACUGUGAGUGGAAAUGAAUGCAGCGGAUGACUGUGGUGAUAAAUGUAUCUGUGCGUGGGAGAGAGUGCGCGCAGCUACUUGUGUGAGGGCAUGGUAGCUAAUGUGUGGAUGAGCUCCUAUAUACCAGCAUGUACCAAGAAUGUGUGUGUAGUGUUAAGUAUGCUGCAAUGUAUAACCUGGUGUGUUAUUUAAACAGCACUAGUACUGUACACUGGUUUUUUCCCUUGUGUUUGCUGUUGCACACUGAUUGCUAAGGGUGCAUCAACGAUAAGCAUUGAAUACUCCAUCCCUUCCCUCCCAGUGAAUGGAAUGAGAAAAGCCUUCUUCCUUUGCUUCAGGCAGCUGUCACCUUCUCUUCGCUGGUGGUCCCAAGUGGGUCACUUAAGAAAAAAAGUGUAACAGAUUUCUCACUCCAUGAACCGGACUUUUUGAUUCUGUUGUGGGAAAAAAAAAAUUUUUUUUUUUAAUCUCCAACUUGCUGUUUCCAAAAAGAAGGUGCAAUAUCAUACAUCAUCAGUUAGCAAUAUUAGCAUUUCAAUCAGUGAUUUGAAUGUUGAUACUUUCUUGUUUUUUCCUUUACAUUUCCAGUAAGCUUCUUAGAGGAAGUACCUGUGAUUUUUUUUUUUUUUAAUGUUUAGGAUUGUAGUCUAUUCUGAAUAUAUUUGAGUAAUAUAUUUCUAAGAAUAUCGCUGGUCCCAUGAAGUCUCACCUCCUUUACUUCCACCAGAACAAAAUCUGUUAGCUAAUUCAGCUUGACUUCUGAUACGUUCUUUGUUAAGCUCUCAUAGGCAACUAAAUUGUUUUAAGAAACUGUAUUUCUGUUUGUAUCGAUUCACCUGCCAACCUCCAAUUCUGAAAGUUGUCUAGUUCUUCCCUCAGUAAAUGUGCUUCUCAUGGAAACCCUCAUUUCCAGGAUGGAUCAAGUGCUGUGACAGCUCGAAGUCUUAGACCUGAUGUGCUUCGAUGUUUUAUU